UUUGAAGCUAAAACUCGAGUAUUCCUAAACUUUAUUACUACUGACCAGUGACCAUCAGCUUCAAGACAGUAUAUUGAACGCUCGAGUACGAGGCGGAGGACUCUAUGAGUGAAAGAGUGUUCGGAUCUUUCCGAGCGGCCGAACACUUGUUGGACGAACGAAAUGGACUCCAAUCUUGACCAAUAUCUCCAGCUCUCGACGUUCAAAGGCAAAUUCGAUGUUACGGAAUUCAUUGGGGGAGUUUCUGAGAAGCUCAUAACACAAUCCAAAGCGGAUGCUGGCCGUAUGAUAUGAUUGUUGCAUUGAGACUCUGCGGAUAGUUAACGCACUAAUUCUAAUUCAACUCAGCGUUUGACCCUCAACCCUUCAUACAAACAUUCGAAGCAGCUGUCGACAAACUCCUCGUAGUGCGAAAGGAACUUCAGGCGAAGACAGAACAGAUGGAGAAAAGUGUGAGGGUUUCCGAAAGAGAGUAUUCGAAGAAGAUGAACGAGUUGAAUCGUGGGUUUGAGGCUGUGGGCAGCUCCUUCGCUGGUAUGGAAAGUCGUAUGAACGAAGUUGGCAGCACAGCCAUCAGGAUAGGUGAACAACUUGAGAGUGUUCACAUAGAGCGUCAAAGAGCACAGGCGGCAUAUGACAUUAUAGAUUUCUAUAACCAAUUCGCCAAAGGCGACACAACGCGCCUUGAUGCACUCAGGAAGGAGGGCCGCCAGGGAAGGCGUCAGGUAGCGAUCUUGUUGCGACGUUUGAAUACUGUCGCCAAGGAAGUUGACCUUCCAUCCGCAGACAAGACGCGAGAGCAUAUUGAGAAAUACUGCGAGAAAUUUGAGAAGGAGAUGCUAAAUUUGUUUGAUCGGUGCUAUAGACGAGGGGAUCCAAAGAUGAUGCAUCAUUGCGCUCAGACGUUACUAGAGUUCAACGGAGGGAACUCUUGCAUCCAGGUGUAUGUAAACCAGCACGACUUCUUCAUAAACAAUGUUCGUGAAGCGAAAGACACUGAGGACAAUCAUUUAUGGGAACGAAUCCCUGAUCCUGACACUAGCCCACCGAAGACAGAGAAAGGACUCACCGAAUUAUUCUUUGAAAUAAGGGCAACUGUAGACACGGAAGCUCAGAUUGUCAAAGCCGUUUUCCCCAAUCCUCCGAUGGUUAUGCAAGUAUUCCUUCAACGAGUGUUUGCGCAAUCAAUUCAACAACACAUGGAACACCUGCUCCAUAAGUCGUCUACUAUAUGUGAUCUAGCCUAUCUCCGCGUUCUUCAACUAGUUCACGGUCAAGCAACCUCCCUAGUCGAAGACCUCAAAGCUUACGAGCUAUCUACGCGAUCCACCUUUGGAUCAUCGAGUGGUGGUUCUAGUUCAGGUGGGGCGACAUCCGCAACGAUGACUACGAUGCUCGAAACAGCGAUGGAAGAAUUGUUUGUGCCUUACAUAGAAGGACACAGAUACCUUGAACGAGAGAGCCGCAGUCUUGGGACAUUGUAUACGAGCUUACUCGUGAACUUUACACGGUAUCAUGCCAACUCUCAGAAAGGGAAGGCAUCUGUAUUCGAUCGCGUUGUCAAUCAGCUUAGUGCUGCUGCCUCAACGACUUCAACAGGAGGUGUACAAACGACGUCCGCACAAGCUGCUACCGCACUCCUCAGAUUCGGAGGGUUCAAUAGCGAGAAGUCCGCCGAACAAUCCGGUGAAGAGCCUAUUAGAGAGGAGGAUGGUCGACUCGAUGUAGAGUUCGCCGAAAAGAUGUUGAGAUGGCAUGCAGAGGCGAUAGGCAGAUGCGUUGAACUCAGCGCAGCACAUGACAUCGCUAAGAACACGUUUGCCCUUUUGCGUGUAUUGUCUGGAGCAAUCGGCACUGCUUAUGUGGAAGAAGCGCUUGAAACUGAAUUAUCUCAUUUGGACACUGCAGAUGCAAAAGCGGAACCCAAUUUACAAGCUUUAGCCGUAUUGAAACUUGUGGAUCUUAUCUGUCAUCUCUGGCAGCAGUACGUCACCACCACGCUCCUCCCUCUUGCGAGCUCGUCCGUAACUGUUCGUCGUGAGAUGGCGACAUUCAACAACCAGACUAUCAGCCGGUUAGAAGGAAGUGCCAAUCACCUUAUGCAUCGACUUAUUGAUAUGAUCGUUGCGUGGUUAACGGCGCAAUUGGCAAAGCAGAAGCGAAAUGACUUCAAACCGAGGAACGAUGAAUUGUCCUUUGCAAGAGUCAAUACCGAGCCUUGCGUAGCUUGCUGUGAUAUGUUGGAGAAAGUGCGAGAUUCAGCAAAAGCUAGCUUGAGCGGCAAAAAUUUGGAAAUUUUCUUGACUGAAGUUGGCGUGACCUUUCACAGCCUACUUCUGGAACACAUGCGCAAGUUCCCGGUAAGCGCUACUGGAGGCCUGAUGCUCGGACAGGACAUCAAAAUGUAUCAGGACACAAUCGCCAGCUUCGGGCUUCCACCCUUGACCGAACGCUUCGAAUUCAUUCGUCAACUCGGUACCGCCUUCGUUGUUCAACCGGAGAUCCUCAAGUCAUACAUCACCGAGAACUACUUGGGCAGAAUUGACCCGACUUUGCUCAAACCUUAUCUUGCCAUGCGAAGCGAUUGGGGUCAACUUGAGAGGGGAUUCAACGACAGUAAAGAAGAGAAUGCGCCCGAAGCGAAGGGUCUCAAAGACCGAUUUGGUCGAUUGAGCGUCAUUAUGAAGGACCUUGAAGGUUUGAAGUCGGAAGGCUUCAAACUUGGUGAAAGCAUAACGUUGGGUAUGCCCACGUUGCCGAGCGGGCUAACUGCAGGUUUUUCAAUGGCGAGUGCACGGCCAUUUUAA